CCUCUCUCACGUAGAAACCUUUUUCCUUAUUAGGGUUUCUGCUCAGCCGUAACAGUACUACAAAUAUCCUCCCAUAUCCUCUAUCUGUCUCACAUUUCUCUAACUUUUUCUCUCAAACCAAACAGACCCAAGAAAAAAAAAAGUCUUCUGAUCUACAAUGGCGGUCAAAACAUCUAGGACUGAGAAGAAGGUCAUGUAUGACCAGAAGCUUUGCAAGCUUCUCGAUAUGUACUCCCAGAUCCUGAUCGUCGGGGCUGAUAAUGUGGGAUCGAACCAGCUUCAGAAGAUAAGACAUGGUUUACGUGGUGAAUCUGUGGUGUUGAUGGGUAAGAACACAAUGAUGAAGAGGUCCGUCAAGAUUCAUGCUGAGAAGACCGGCCAUACCGCCUACCUGAGUCUCGUGCCUCUUCUGGUGGGCAACGUGGGAUUGAUAUUUACCAAGGGUGAAUUGAAGGAAGUAAGUGAUGAGGUUUCGAAGUACAAGGUUGGAGCUCCUGCACGUGUUGGCCUUGUUGCACCAAUUGAUGUUGUUGUCCCCCCUGGAAACACUGGACUUGAUCCUUCUCAGACUUCUUUCUUUCAGGUGCUGAACAUUCCAACCAAGAUUAACAAAGGCACAGUGGAGAUCAUCACCCCUGUGGAGCUUAUCAAGAAAGGAGAUAAGGUGGGCUCAUCUGAGGCUGCCCUUCUUUCAAAGCUAGGCAUAAAGCCAUUCUCUUAUGGUCUCGUAGUCCAGUCUGUCUAUGAGAAUGGGUCAGUGUUCAAUCCUGAGGUGCUUGAUCUGACAGAGGAUGAUAUUAUGGAGAAGUUUGCUGCUGGGGUAUCCAUGGUCACAUCUCUUUCACUGGCUCUUGCGUACCCAACACUUGCUGCAGCACCUCACAUGUUCGCCAAUGCCUACAAGAGUGUUCUGGCAAUUGCCGUGACAACUGAGUACUCAUUCCCACAGGCUGAGAAAGUGAAAGAAUACUUAAAGGACCCAAGCAAGUUUGCUGUUGCUGUGGCUCCAGUUGCUGCUGCUGCUGCUACUUCUGCUACUGCUCCAGCAGCCGCUGCCAAGGAGGAGAAGGAAGAACCAGAUGAGGAAUCUGAUGAUGAUUUUGUUUCUGGUUUGUUUGAUUGAGUUCUCGCAAUGUAGUGACCUGCUAGGUGGCAUUAAGAGGAUUGCAAGAGAAUGUUUGAACUAUAUUUUGGUACUAUUUGGCAACCUUUUGUUUUAUGGAUCAGACUGUUAAUAUUAGGAGGCUUUAAUAUCAGUCUGGACAAGGUUUUUGGAAUCCAU